GGUCUUCCUGUAGACAUUGUGCCCAUCAUUCCCAGUACAACACAAUUCAAAUAUACUCCUACCCUGACAGGAAUAGCAUCUGGCAAGUCAUAUAGCAUUGUAUGCACUCAACUUCCCUUGUUGCCUGCUUAUGCUUACACUGACUACAAGGUACAAGGACAAUCUCUUAAAAAGGUGAUUUUGGACCUCACUGGUUGCAGAUCCUUACAAAGUGUAUACAUUAUGCUGUCUUGUGCAACAUCAUUGGCAGGUGUAGCAAUUAUGAGAUUAUUUAAAAUUGUCUGCAUUAACCAAUAUAUAGGACAAUAA